UGCCGUCUUGGGGCGGCGGGCCGGCUGGCAUGGAAACGGGCGGAAAAGAAGCAACCUCUGAAGCUCUGCACUUUCAACAUGCUCUGUGAUGUCCUCUGUCUCUUAGUGAUUGUUUCGUUUGUCUUCUACGCUGCGCAAAGGGUAGCGUGCUGGUAAAGGCGGUGACAACGCCUGAACUUCUAAAUAGUGCCCACUUCAGCACGUGUGGGGUGGAGAUUGGCGGGUGGGACAAGAUCUAAAGCGUCUGUCGGAGAUAAAGGAAGGAGGGAUGGGUGUUCCGAAGUUCUAUCGCUGGAUCAGCGAGCGCUACCCGUGUCUUAGCCAAGUCGUUAGGGACUAUCAGAUACCAGAGUUCGACAAUUUCUAUCUGGACAUGAAUGGCAUCAUCCACAUGUGUUCACAUCCUAAUGACGACGACCCAAUGUUCAGAUUGCCCGAAGACCAGAUAUUCUCAGAAAUAUUCAAAUACAUUGAGGCUCUGUUUCGUAUGAUCAAGCCGCGUAAGGUGAUGUUUCUGGCAGUAGACGGGGUGGCUCCGAGAGCCAAAAUGAACCAGCAGAGGGGUCGCAGGUUCAGGUCUGCCAGAGAGGCCGAAGACGUCGUGAGAAAAGCUCUGCAGAAAGGUCUGGUGCUUCCUUCAGAGCCAAGGUUUGACUCAAACUGCAUCACCCCUGGCACGGAAUUCAUGGCCCGACUACACGAGCAACUCAAGUACUUUGUGAACCAGAGAGUUGCCACCGACCCAAGUUGGCAGUCUGUUGACGUCGUCCUGUCUGGGCAAGAGGUACCGGGUGAGGGCGAGCAUAAGAUAAUGGACUACAUACGACACCAGAAGGCUCAGCCAGACUAUGAUCCCAACACUAGACACUGUCUCUAUGGACUGGAUGCUGAUCUGCUAAUGCUGGGUCUGCUGACCCAUGAACCACAUUUCUGUCUCCUGAGAGAGGAGGUGAGGUUUGGGAAGAAGAGCCAGAGGAGGACCAGUUCUCCCACCGCCAUCACCUUCCACCUCCUCCACCUCGCCAUUCUCAGAGAGUACAUUGAACACGAGUUCGCUCCACUCAAGACUGGUCUAUCGUUCCCAUACGACCUGGAGAGUGUCAUUGAUGACUGGGUACUACUGGGAUUUCUAGUAGGAAACGACUUCCUUCCCAACCUACCCAACAUGCAUAUCAAGCAGAGUGCACUGCCGUAUCUUUACAAGAAGUACAUGGAAGUUCUGCCCAAGUUGGAUGGUUACAUCAACGAAGCUGGCAAUCUGAACAUGCGAAGAUUUGAGGUCUUCCUUGGAGCAAUAGCAGAGUUUGACUACGACCACUAUAGUGAACUCAUCAGUGAUAUGAAGUGGUUGGAAGCUAAAAAAGCUGGCUCUAAAGCCAGGCAGAAGAAGACGGCUCGAGUAGGCUGGGGUUCCGCGCGGGAGACACUGAGCAGCUCUGAGGAGAGAUGGAGUGAGGGAGGAAGAGGGAGAGGGAGAGCAGAAGGUGGAGAGGGAGAAAGGGAGCUGGUGGGUUUCUUCUCCGCCAGUGAGACCGAGGUGUCACCGGAUGACUUGGAUGAUGGAUCAGAGUCAACUGCAAAACUCAAGCGUGAUUUAGGCAUCCCCAGUCUUGACGCCUACUUCAGCAAGGAGGACACCGAUCGUAUAGACUCCUUCGAGGCGGACCUAGCUCACAUGAAGGCCCGGUACUACCAGGAAAAGAUGGGAUUCCAACGGAUCAGUAGCGGGGUCCUGGCAGAGCAGGCAAAGUGCUUUGUGGUUGGGAUACAGUGGGUUUUGUCCUACUACUACCAUGGAGUGCCUUCAUGGAGCUGGUACUACCCAUAUCACUACGCUCCAUUUGUGUCCGACGUAAGGGGAUUUGGUGAUCUCCAAAUAGAAUUCGAGUUGGGAGAGCCUUUCCUGCCAUUUCAGCAGCUGCUGGGAGUUCUUCCACCGGCCUCCAAAAACCUUCUUCCUAGACCUUUCCAGUGGAACCCCUCCCCUCUCUAUGGACGCCUCUGAAAAUGAAAACACCUUUUCUCUCCCCCAAGAACAGUUCUUGAGUGCAGUUUAACCCCUGAAAUAAGGACGCCACACAGUAUUAUGGACAUUCUGUCGCAAUGGUGUCCCGAUUUCUUCUGCUGAUUGCGAUCAGCACGACGUGAUAUGCUGCAAUAGACUCAAUUUUUUUAAUCUAGCGUUUUUUGUGUCUCAUGACGGUCCAACCUUACAACCAACUCGACGCCGUGAUUUGUGUCGAUACUCUGACAAUACUCUGAAAAAAUUAUUCUCUCUCCAUAUCUUGUUAGGGUCUGAUGAUGAAUGAUGACUCACCGAUCAAGGACUACUACCCGGUCGAGUUCCAUACCGACCUGAACGGGAAGGAACAGGAGUGGGAGGCCGUGGUCCUCAUUCCAUUCAUUGACGAGGAACGGCUCCUGGCCGCCAUGAGAGAGAAAGAGAACCAACUUACUAAAGAGGAGGUGAGAAGAAGCAGCCAUGGAACGUGUCACCUGUACAGAUACGACUCAGAGAUGGAGCCCUAUACCUACCCUUCCCCCUGGCCUCAGGCCUUCCCCGAUGUACCUCACUGCGAAGUCAGGUGCACAGAGCUACCGGCGGUCCCAUUCCCAAUCUCCCGUUCCAGUCUGGUCCCGGGACUCCUCCCCGGAGCAAAACUGGACAUCCUGUUCCCGGGUUUCCCCUCUCUGAAGCACGUCGACCACUCGGCUCGUCUGGAGAAGAGAGGGGUGAGGGUGUUUCAGGCUGCCAGCCGCGACGAGAACAUGUGCCUCUCCGUCAGACCCAAACCAAUGGACGAGAAUCUCCAAAAUCUUGCUAUUGAACUGGUUGGAAGGCAGUGCUACGUCGGUUGGCCGUAUCUGACAGAGUCCAAAAUUCACGCAGUCUCUGACGGGGUGAUGAAGUACACUGCCGACCCUCUCGACAGGUCAAAGGUCAAGAUAUUAAGCCACACCCUCAAGGAGAAGGAAAUUGUGCAGUGGAAUGCGGACGCCACUCAAGUCUGUAGACAUUAUGCAGAGUUUCGUGGCAUCGACGUUCCUCCGAUCGAAGUUCUGGUUUAUGCCAACGUUUUGCAGGGAAAGCGUUACGUAUCAGACAAACAGAACAAGGGAACUCUGAUACUUCACAAAGAGUGGAAGUCGCUUGCGGAGCCCCACCCGUACGAUCUGUCGGUCACAGACAUAACGGCCCAUGCUCCAGAGUACAGGGAAAUGGGGAUAACUCUCGAAGACCUGUUCAGACCAAAAGAGCCUUGUUUCAUGUUAUCAAACCCUCACUAUGGCUUUCAGGCUGAGAUACUUUCUGUGGAUCAGGCUCAGGUCAGAGUCCAGGUCAAAGUUCGACUCCUACCGGAACCCGACAUUGCCGGCGUCGUUAGCAACAGCCACCGAUUGUCCGUCCGUUAUCUCCCAUCCUACUUGGUUGCCCAGAAAUUGGGUCUGAAUAGUCUACUUCUGUCUAGAAUUAGCGGCAACAUUCAGGUGGAGAAGGGAUCCCCUGAGAAUGCUAAAGAGAGAGAGAAGAUUAGCAUUGGACUCAACCUCAAGUUUGAGAGGAGAAACAAAGAGAUGCCUGGCUACUGCAGGAGGACGACGGAAGGGUGGGCCUACUCACCGGCGGCCAUAGGCCUGGUGAAAAGCUACGUGAAAGAGUUCCCAGCUGUCUUCAGUUAUCUCCAGGGCAACCCCAAGGCCGACAAGUACUACGAGAGUGAACUGAUGCCAGCCAAUGCCGAAGAUGGUGUGACUCUGGCAAAGGUGCAAGAGUGGCUCAAGAAGCAACCCACCACUGGUAUUAGCACGGUCGACUGUGGAGGUCAAAGUCUAGAUGAGCCCCAGAUAGCUGCCGUGGAGAGGGCUGUUUCGAACAUGAAGAAGCAGAAGACAAAGAGUGUGAAAGUGGCAAGACUACGAGUGAAGCCUUCUGUGCUCUUCCUGUCCUCUAUCAACCAGGGAGCAGUGGUACCUGAUCCUAAGGCGGAACAUUUCCUCUAUGACAGAGUCAUCAACAUCAUGCCACACUCUGCAGUGCCAUUUGGACUAAAGGGAACCAUCAUUGGAAUCAGAGGAGAUAGGAAGGAAGUGGCCACUAUCUACGAGGUACUAUUUGACGAAGAGUUUCUUGGUGGUCUCACGCUGCGAUGCACCCCAAAUCGAGCCUACUGCCUCCCCCCCUCCUGUCUCCUCAACCUCAGUCAUGGAGUGAGGCUGAAGGCCGAGAAAAACGCCCCCAAACAGCAAGGGAGUGUGGUGGCCCCCGAGGGCCAGAAUUUUACCCCCCAGAGGGGGUCGUAUUCGGGUGUGGUUGUGGGCGGGUCUCCGUCAUUUUACGGGCGGGACUAUCCUGAUGGGCACACUCCUGUGCAUCGUCACCAUGGGAACUAUCACCAGCAACAGUUCAAUGGACCGGAGUGGGGCUACCAUAAUAUGGGGCAGAGCCAUAGAUACAACAGGGGGCAGAGUCCCAGCUAUACUCCAGGAACUAGGGGGAGAGGAGAAGGGGGACCAAGGGGGGAGAGGGGACAUGGGAGAUAUGGCGGCCAUGUUAGUGACAGUGGUGGCUCGUGGAGAGACAUGGGUAGUGGUGGAAGAGGAGGAGGAGGAAGGGAGAGAGAUGCACCUGUGAGGAUUAUCGUCAAGAACCCACGGACAACUGUUUCACCCAAUGCAGCUGGU